GUCAAAAAUGAAUUGUUUUGAAAUGAAACUAAUUAUUAAUAUUGAGUUUUGUUUUGACUUCGUAAUUAAUUGGGUGCAAGUCCACCCAACUAUCUUUCUGAAGAAGCAGAUAGGCUGAAACAGCAGUUCAGAAUCCUACGGCUUCGCCGUGAGUUAAACGAAUUGCAGAAUCAAUGCUACAACGCGCCUGAAAGAAGCCAAAUAAAUUUCGAGGAACUCGAAGCAGCUGUCCCGAAGUUUAGUGGUGACGAUCACUACGAUAUAACAAAGUGGCUAACCCAAUUCGAGGACUACACUGAAGCAAAAAAUUUAACUGACGGGCAGAAGUGUCUGGCUCUGCGACGUUGCAUGAGCGGCACGGCCAAGGAAUGUGUAUUCAACCACGGUGCGUCCAACUACGCCAGUCUAAGAAUGUUGGUGCGAACAAUGUUCCAACGCACAGUCAGCAGAUAUGAAAUUUAUCGCCAACUACGAGCACGUAAGCUAAAGUCCUCGGAGUCAUGCAUAAGCUACGUGGUUGCCAUGCAGUCUAUCGCCUCAAAGAUGGAUAUCGAGGAAGAAGAAUUGGUCGAUUUGAUAAUCGACGGGAUACCAGACAUCAGCAACAACCUCAGUAUAUUAUAUGGCGCCAACACAAUGUGUGAACUCAUUCGGCGAAUGGACCGGUAUGAACAACGCAGGUCUAUGUCUUCCACAGCUAAGUCCUACGCUACGACGGUCACCCGCAACCCUCGACCGAAGGCACCUUCCGCUGCUGGUUCUGGUGACCUAACUUCAGUACGAUGCUAUAACUGCUCCCAAUUUGGACACUACCAAAGCAGUUGCCCGAAGCCGUAUAGACCUCCAGGUGCUUGCUUUACCUGUCAUCAAAUGGGACACAGACACAAUGAUUGUCCGAAGAAGCGGAAUCGAGUCACUAGUGUAGCCCUAGUCUCUGAAGGAUCAGCAAACGAGGAUGAUGCUAUAAACGUAAAACAAUGGGUAAUCCAAUUAGUCUGAUGCAAAAGUCAAAAGUACCACGAUGUAUUAAUUUAUCGCUCACCACCUUACCAACAAAAUUUAUCGGCAUCGGCAAAUGCAAAAUCCACUCAUUUGGCACAGCUUUGUGUGCGGUGAAAUUUCGUAAUCAAACCAGAUAUGUUCCGACAAUGAUAGUCCCAGAUGAUACCAUAACAGUGCCCCUAAUACCCGGCCGGGACUUUAUGAAGUUAUUUAACAUACAUAAAUUAAUAAAGACGCUGCAUAUGAAUUAAAAAGCAGCACUAAUAAGACUAAAGCACAAAAUGAACUAAAACAUUUUCCUUUUUG